AUGCUCCCUCUUGACGUGGCCAGAGCCCUCUCAAAUGGAGUCGCGCAGGCCGUUGCAUAUAUGCACUCAGAAGGCUAUGUCCAUGGAGAUAUUCAUUUAAGCACCACUCUGGCUAGACUUCCAAGGAAAGCUUAUGAUAUUUCUGUCGAUGAUUUGUACAAGGAGUUUGGAUACCCGGAGGCCAUCACCGUUACGCGCGUUGAUAGCCAACCGCUUGCCCCAAAUGUACCCUCCAAAGAUGUUAUACCAUUAUUUCUGGGCAAAUAUGCGGAUAAACCCCUGAUAUCUGAUGCGCCCCCUUCCCUUAGUGACUUUGGUGAGGCCUUUGCGCCAGAAUCAGAGAGACGCCUUGGUCGAGAUUCGCACACCCCUGCUGCAUUUCGAGCACCAGAUGCCCAAGUCGAGCCUGACACUCCACUUUCAUGCCCAGCAGAUAUACUCGAGUGA